AUGGCGGGGUUAUUUCGCAAAGUGUACGACUGGUUGAUGCGGACAUUCUGGGCACUAGAGAUGGAAGUAACCAUGGUUGGCCUGCAGAAUGCGGGCAAGACAUCCCUUCUUCGGGUUCUAGCAGGCGGAGAAUUCACAGUAGACUCGAUCCCGACGGUUGGUUUCAACAUGAAGCGCGUACAACGUGGGCAUGUUACACUGAAAUGCUGGGAUAUCGGCGGCCAACCACGGUUCCGAACUAUGUGGGAGAGGUAUUGUCGCGGAGUCAAUGCCAUCGUCUUCAUCGUCGAUAUUGCGGACGUGGAAUUGAUCCCACAGGCCAAGGAUGAACUCCACGCACUCAUGGAGAAUGACACUCUGGCCAAUAUCCCCUUGUUAGUGUUGGGGAACAAGUCGGAUCUGCCGCAGAAGCUGUCGGUUGAUGAGCUAAUCGAUGAGCUCGAUCUCAAAAGCAUACAAGGUCGUGAAGUCUGCUGCUAUGGCAUAAGUGCCAAAGAGGAGACCAACCUCGAUGCCGUAAUUUCUUUCCUGAUGAAAUAUGCCACUCGAUGA